UGCAGUAAAGUAACUAUCAGUCUAGUAGUUGCGGCACUUUAAAGACUAACUAGUUUUAUUUGGCAUAAACAUUUGUGAACGGUACCCCAUUUCAUCAGAUGCAAAGAAUCUCGCAUUGUUACUUCUGUGCUUUUGCUUGACUGUUGUGUGUUAUAUUUGACUAUUUCCCUUUUCCAAAAUAAAAUAUGGAACAAAAGUUGACCCAGUAUAUAAUUCAUGUCUUCCUAAAGCUCUCAGACCUACUGGACUGGAAAAGCCAGUUUGAAGUAUUCACUGUGAUCUCCUAACACCGUGACAGAGGAUUAACUGGGACUGUUCUAUACAAGGAUUGCUGAAAGGGAUUCAAAACUUUACACAGGUCUCAAAGGGAUCACAAAACGACACACACCAUCAGUCCUUACCUGGAUGUAUUUGAAAGAAUUGGUUUGGAAUUUUAAAGCCCUGCACAGAUUGGAACCUCAGUACUUGAAGGAGUGUCUCUCGUAAAAGUAUAUUUCUGAACAAUGAACGGAAGCUUCAACAUCUCUAAUGGGACAUCAUCUUUCUCUGGACAAUGCCUGCGAGACACCCGGAUAGCCCAUGUGGUAUUCCCACUCUUGUACAGCUUCCUUUUCCUUGGUGGAUUUCUACUCAACAGUUUGGCUGUGCUGGCUUUUUUCCAGAUUCCAAGCACAUCCAGUUUUGUUGUGUAUCUUAAGAACACCUUGGUUUCCGAUUUUAUCAUGACACUUAUGCUGCCAUUUAAGAUUCUAACAGAUUCAGAACUGGGACUGUGGCAACUCAAAGCUUUUGUUUGCCGUUUUUCAGCCGUCAUAUUUUACGAGACUAUGUACAUAAGCAUAGUGUUGCUUGGACUCAUUUCUGUAGACAGGUUUCUCAAGAUCAUUAGGCCAUUUGGGAAGUUCUGGUUACAUGAUGUCACUUCAGCAAAAAUUCUUUCUGGGUUUGUGUGGUUCUUCUUUUUUGGCCUCUCCUUGCCAAACAUGAUUUUGUCAAACCGUGAAGCAACACCACUCUCUGUCAGGAAGUGUGCUUCUCUGAAGAGUCACUUGGGACUGAAAUGGCACGAAGCUGUCAACUACAUAUGCCAACUGGUCUUCUGGACUGUGCUGAUCUUAAUCCUACUGGUUUAUAUAAUUAUUGCUAAAAAGAUCUAUAGUUCCUACAUAAAAACACAGCCAAAAGAAUGUAAAAUCAAACAAAGAGCUAAGAGUAAGGUAUUUAUAAUUGUGGCUGUUUUCUUCAUUUGCUUUGCCCCUUUUCAUUUUGCUAGAAUACCUUACACCCUUAGCCAAACUGGAAAACGUAUUGACUGUGCAGUACAGAACCAAUUAUACAUAGCAAAAGAAAGUACUCUUUGGUUAGCAACUGCAAAUAUAUGUAUGGACCCUUUGAUAUACAUAUUAUUGUGCCGCCAGUUUGUAGAAAAAGCUUUCUGUGUGAAAUUACAAAAAUCUAGGAAUACAAUUCAAGAAAAUCUGACUAUUGCGUUAGACACUGGAAUAUCUGUAUAGAUUUUUGGCUGGGCCUCUCCACCUCGCAAAUUUGCACUAUGAUGUUGUUAGACAAAAAUUCAUUUUAUUUGAAAAAUAUGUUUUCUGUAAAAUUUUAUGUUGUUAAAAAUAGCAGUGUUAAAUUGUAUAUUAUGUAGAUACAUAGACUAUUAAGUAUAGUUUAUUGCUGUAUAGUUUAUGGCAUCAUAUUGUGACAAUGCAUUCCAGAUAUUGUCCCUUACCUAUAGUAACCUACCUCUUGUAUCAUUAGAUUUAUCAAAAUCAAUGUAUAUACAAAAAAUCUUGAGAAAUGCUAUUUCAAUUUGUUCUACAGACAUACUAAUACCAAAUUCCAUCUGCUAUUUCUAAAUAAAUAUGAGGAAGCUAUAAAUGGAAAAUGGAAAAUAGUAUUGGAAAUAGAUUUAAUAAGAGUGAACAAGCUGAAUUUCAAUGCAGACAAGACAAAGGCUCUUGUGUCAGUUGAAAUGAGGCUCUGGGAACAGAUUCAGGGUGUGUUGGAUGGGUUUAUGCUUCCUUUGAAUCUUGGUUCUGGAUUCAGUGCUUAACCUGAAUGUCCAGCUGAGGAUAUAACACCAACUGCAUGGCUCUCUGGAGAACUAUGAUCUGGCCAUGGUGAUAUAUGACACAAUUACAUCUCACUUGUGUCACUGCAUUUGACUUUACAUGUUGACACCUUUGGGAAGCAUCCAGACUUUGCUGCUGCAGAAUGUUGUAGCAAGACUUUAAAUCCAGUCUGGCCACACUGCCAUCUUUUGGGAGUGCUUUGAUUGUGUAUUCCUGCAUGGCAAGGUAUUGGACUGGAUGGCCCUUAUGGUCUCUUCCAAGUUUAUCAUUCUAUGGCUCCAUGAUUCUGUGUUAUCAUAGUUUUGCUGAUUACUGAUCUGCUUCUGGGUACGGUAUAGUUACAAUCUACAGGUUUUACAUAACUUUCAAUGAAGUUGUUAGAAAAAUUUCGUUCUCCCAUACAUGUCUGUCUAGAUUUUUUCACAGCCACUGGAAGCACUUGUGAAGGAGACACAAGAGAGUCUUUUUUGUGAUUUUCCCUGCACUCUGAAAUGCCAUAAUAAGGCAGGGUAUGUUCUUUCCUUCCUGAGGCAGCAAAGAAAGUUCUAUUGAAUCAUGAUUAUGGCAUAUAAACUGGCCUGGACUGAAAGGGAUUUUAUAGGUUGGGUAAUGACUAUGACUUUUACUUUUAUAUUAAUAUUUUGCUAUUGUACUUUUAAUGCAUGGUUAACUACCCAUAUCUACAGGUUCUGAAUCCAUACACACACACACACACACACACAAAUCCCAAAAAUAAACAUUGAUUCUGCCACAUGUCAUCACUACAUGUGUAGAUACAACCUGUGGUAGUCUCCUGCCAUCUCACAGAUCCUCAGGUUGUCUAGAAUGUUUUUGAGUAGUUUGCCAUUUUAUAUAUGGGAUAUAUAAGGAAUGUCAUUUUACUAUGCCAUUGCACAAAGCAUAAAUUAGGUAUGGUAGGCCCUCCUCUUUCACAGAUGCCACCCAAGCAAGUGGCAUUGAGAAGGAGACUCACUGGGUGCAUAAAGCUCCCCAGGAAUUGUCUAAUCCUGUUCUUUGCUUCUCUGUUUUGCUUGAGCUGGCUAGGGACUGGUGGAUCAGUUGGGGAGGUGGUGAUAGUUUUGGUGGACUGGUUUUGGCAUGAGGAGCUUGGCCUUUUGCUGCCUUCAAUGAGAUGCUGUGGAGGAUGUAGAGACAUGAUUUUGGGCACCUCCUCAUGAAAAAGUAGGCCCUGAUGGCAUGGCAAUAGCUUCUGUGUCCCAAUUAGCAUGCAAGGAUGGAUGGGGGGGGGGGGGGGGGGAGAGAGAGAGAGAGAGAGAAGAGGCUUCACUACAUCAAUUGUAAUAGGGAUUACAAGACUUAUAAUGUAUUUGCUUUUCCACUUCGUUAAAAUUAGCAAAGGGCAGCAGCAGAGACAGUAGCAAAUAAUCCACAAAUAAUAAAAUUUGGAAAAGUUAAACCCCUGAAAGUGGAGGAACUACUGUACUAUCCUCGCAGGAAGAGGGAUCUGGAAAUGUCUUGGAUUUAAGUGUCAUAUAAAAAGGAAUUAUCUAAUACUGUUAAGUCAAAUUCUCCUAGCUCCCAGAUUUCUCAGCAGUUACACUCUGAAAAGUAAUGCUAUAGUUUCUCCUUUUGCCUCUUCAAAUAUGAAACAUAUCAUCAAAUAAAAAAUAAAAAAUCAAAUGUAAUCAGCCCUUUUAGAUAUACAUAAUUAAAAUAGCUGAGUCAUUGUACUGAUAGAAAAGUGCAUAUAAAUUAAUUAAAGAAAUAUUUAAAUAAAGAAAUCCUGAUAGCCAAACUAGUUUCGAUUACAAAUCCUUCAAAAUGUAAGAAAACUCAGAUAAUAUGCAGGUAAAAUUUUCUGUGUGUAAAUAUUAUUCAUUAGAAUAAUGAAAUGCAAGUCCCUGCUAUUUGUCAUAUAAAUACAUAUGCCUAACAAAAAUAAGUGUUAGAUUACAUACAAUUAUUGACAUGCUAAGGGCGUACGAAUUUACCUUGUAUUUCAAGAAUUUGAGUCUGUGUUUGAGAAAGUGAUACAAACCAGAAUAAAACAAGGACUGCAGAUGGAA